UUCGUUACCUAUCUAUGUAUUAAUACAGGUUUUAAUAAAUUUGCACGUUCCUUUUUAACGUUGCACAAACAAAUUUCUGAUAAAGUGUUUCAAAAUUGAUGAAUCGUAAGCACGGCAACUUGGUUGCAAAGAAAUGAGGUAAUGGAGUGUUCCACGUUAAUUGAGAGUAAUGAGAAAACGGUAAAGCGACUUCCAGUCGUGCGCGUGGACAACAGAAUUGAACAGAACCGGCCGCACGCGCCACCACCAUAUUGCAUAAGGCCAAAAUUGGCCCGUCAAAAAUGUUAAGCUUUAGUAAAGUUGUCGGACGAUUGCCAAAACUUACAAGGCAAUCGCACCUUAAUAAUUUCUGUCAACCUUUAAAAUACAUUGGAAUUGUCAGAGUUAAUAAUUCAUGGUUUAGCAAUAAUGCAUCUAACAAAAAAACAUACAAGUCCCCUGAAACCACCAUAAAACCUGAAGAAUGUGUACCUGAAAGUACGUAUUCCAAACCAAAGAAACCUCUUCCUUUCUGUGAAUUACAUCCUAAUGCAUCUUGUCCACCAUCUUGUUAUGAAGUUUGCGGAAAACCAGUUGAUUCGCAAAAAUGUGAUGAGAAACCUCCAACACCACCACCACCAUAUUGGAAAAUAUUGGCCACGUUAAUUAUAGCAGGAGUUACAAUCUAUGCGAUAUCUUCCACAAAUUGGUUUACAUCAAAGAAAUCAGAUCCUCAGACGGAUGUAAGUAAGAGAAAAAGAAGACACAGAAGAUCAUUGGAAAAACUUAAAUCUCCUUCUACUUCUAGUUCAAUUCCUAAAGAUGUACCUUACCUUUUAAUAGGAGGUGGAACUGCUGCAUUUUCUGCAUUUAGAUCAAUUAAAUCUAGAGAUCCUAAAGCUAAGGUUUUAGUAAUAACAGAAGAAACAGACUUUCCAUACAUGAGGCCACCAUUAUCCAAAGAACUCUGGUAUAAUACAGAUAGAAAAACCAGUGCAGAGUUACUUUUUAAGCAAUGGAAUGGAAUACAAAGAAGUAUAUUUUAUGAGCCACAGGAAUUUUAUUCGAAUGUCAGUAGUUUAGUUGAGUCUGAUAAGGGUGGAGUGGCUGUAGCUACAGGUUGGAAAGUUACGAAAAUUGAUGUUCUAAAUAAAACUGUAAUACUCGAUGAUGGUUACGAAAUAAAGUACGAUAAAUGUCUUGUUGCAACUGGUGCCUCGCCUAAAAAUCUUCCAAUUUUCGAAUCGAUCGAAGAUAAUCUCAAAGACAAAAUUAUAACGUUUAGAACAAAAGAAGAUUUUCUCGAUUUAGAAGAUAGCGUACACGACCCUAAACAUAAAAAUAUAGUAGUAAUCGGUGGAGGAUUCCUCGGAUCAGAACUCGCUUGUUCACUUGCCCGUAAUGUAUCCGAAGACAAGAAAGUGUAUCAAAUAUAUAAAGAGAAAUUUAUAAUGGAUCAAGUAUUGCCACAGUAUUUAAGCGAGUGGGCAACAAAGAAAUCAAUGUUAGAAGGUGUUCAAUGUAUUCCUAGUUCCGAAGUUGAGGAUUAUACGUACAAGAACGGACAGUUGUCUCUCGUUCUUUCAGAAAAUCGUACUGUUGAUGCCGAUCAAGUAGUUGUAGCAGUAGGUGUUGAACCAAAUACCGGUUUGGCGUUAGAUUCGCAUUUAGAAACAGAUCCCGUUCUAGGCGGCAUUCUUGUAAACGCAGAAUUACAAGCAAGGAGUAAUGUUUGGGUUGCUGGAGAUGUAGCUUGCUUUCACGAUAUUCGACUUGGUAGAAGACGAGUGGAACAUCAUGAUCAUGCUGUAAUUUCGGGAAGACUAGCAGGAGAAAAUAUGACUGGUGCAGAAAAACCAUAUCUGCAUCAGUCGAUGUUUUGGUCCGACUUAGGGCCAGAGGUUGGAUACGAAGCGAUCGGUAUUGUGGAUUCAUCACUGCCAACUGUAGGGGUCUUUGCUAAACCGUCAGAGCCAGUUGUUUCAUCAAUGUCUGCUUCUAAUUCAAAUGAAACAACUCUGUCCUCGAGCGAUGAUUUACAGAAAUUGAAUACGACUCAAACUCAAAGUUCAAUAAAAGCGGAAGUGAAAUCGGAAACGAUUAAGAGCAUUGACGAACAAACCAAUUCAAAAGAAACUGAUAAGUCAGUCGGCGAUGAUUCAAAGCCAACAACAGAGGAACCCAAGAAAUACGAUGACUUUGGAAAGGGAGUUAUUUUCUAUUUACGAGAUGAUAUCGUAGUUGGCAUAGUGCUUUGGAAUAUCUUCAACCGAAUGUCAGUUGCUAGGCAGGUUCUUGCCAGGGGUACAAAAUACGAUGAUUUAAACGAAGUAGCGAAACUGUUUACUAUUCACGAUGACUGAUUCCGAUAAUGUAAAAAAUGUGAUAAAUAUGUGACAAAAUCAUGUCACUACUGUACGUGGUUUUUUUUAUCCAUUACUCUGAAACAUUUUUACAAAUAAAAAAUCUACAACUAGUA